UUUAUCUAUGGUGGUAGUUGAGGUGGCUUGUCAUUGUCAAGCAAAUCAUAAAAUAAAAAGUUAUUUAAAAAUCAAAAUGCCACGUAAACAAAACCUUGUAUGGAAAUACUUUAAAAGGUACUCGAGAGGAAAAUAUAUACAUGGAGAUUGUAUAUAUUGUAAAAAAAUGUUUAUAGCCAAUCCUAGGAGAAUGGAAAAACACUUAUCAGUUUGUUCAAAAGCGCCAGCCGAAAUUAAAAGAUUGUUUUCUCAAGAAAACAGAAGUCCUCAGAAUAAAGAAAAUCAGAUUCCUACUGCUGAUACACAAAGUAUAAAAUCUUCGAAUUCAAGCAUUCUAAACUUUUGCGACCACAUAAGUGAUAAAGAAAGUUUACAAUUGAAUACGCUACUAGCUAGAGCAAUAUAUGCCACAUGUUCCCCUUUGUCAUUGGUGGAAAACAAAUAUUUCAAGACAUUUCUGAAAACUAUACGACCAUCUUACAGUCCUCCGUCAAGAUAUCAAAUAUCCACAGGUUUGUUGGAUAAGGAGCACAAUUUAAUACAGGAAAAAAUUGGUGAAAAAUUAAGUAAAGCCAAUUCUCUGAUCCUGCUUUCGGAUAGUUGGACGGAUAUCAACGGAAUAUCCUUAAUAAAUAUAGUAUUUUCAACACCGGAACCGAUAUUUUACAAAACGAUAGAUAGUAAAACAGAAAGUCAUACAGGGCAAUAUAUAGCAGAUGUGUUAUCUAAGGCUAUAGAAGAAGUGGGAUCACAAAAAGUAGAUGCCGUAGUGACGGAUAAUGCGAGAAAUAUGAAACUAGCAUGGAGUUUAUUAAAAGAAAAACACCCACACUUAGUAACCUAUGGAUGUAUUGCUCAUGGAAUUAACCUUCUCCUUAAAGAUCUUUACAGCCUGCCCUCAGUUUCAAAAUGUACUGCAUCUAUAAAAGAUAUUAUAAAAUUUUUCAAAAAUAAGCAUAUGGCAAAGCAAGUUUUAAAAGAAAUUCAUUUAACCGAUAAUGGUAAUAAAGAAAUUGCUCUAAUAACGUAUGUUGAGACCAGAUGGGGCUCAAUGGUGCAAUCUUUUGUAAGUGUUUUAAAGAACAAAGAUUUUCUUCAAAAAGCUGUGUUGCAUAAAUAUAUUCGUCCAAUAGUGGACGCACGAAUUCGUAGAUACAUUUUAGACGAGGACGAGUUUUGGCCUAAGGUAAAAUUUAUUACGGAAUUUACUAAACCAAUUGCAGAUGUAAUAAAGGCACUGGAAGGAGAUACUUCUUUAUUAUCUAAAGUAUAUUCCCACAUAAAAGUACUGGAUGACUUAUUUUGUGAUAAGUUGGAUUUCCUAAAUAAUGUAGAGAUAAUUAAGGCUAAAGAAAUAUUUGAACACAGAAAAUCCUUUAUUUUUCACCCAGUCCAAUUAGCGGCUUAUCUUUUGGACCCGAAAGAAAUAGGUAACAGAAUGACUGAAGAUGAUAUGAAUAUAGCUUUGAAUUUCAUAGCUGAGUUUGCUUCUAUCCGGAACUACGAUAUGGACAAAAUACUGUCAGAUUUGGCAAAUUAUAAAGCCCGAGCAGGGCCAUUUAGUAAUUCAAAUAUUUGGCGAGCUGCCAACAGUACGAAUCCUACUAUAUGGUGGAAGGGUUUUUUCCAGAAUUAUGAGUUGUCAAAGGUAGCCACAAGAAUACUAAAUUUCCCUCCAACAUCAGCUAGUUGUGAGCGCAACUGGAAAACGUACUCUUUGACUAAAACUAAAAAGCGAAAUCGAUUGACCAUAGAAAGAACAAAUAAGUUAAUAACAGUAAAAUACAAUUUGCAGUUAUUAAAUGACGAAGAUUUCCAACAAACCGAUUUACUUACCGGAAAAGAAACUGAAGUUAAGAGUGAUGAAGAAAUUGCAAUGGGCGAAAGUACAGCAAGUGAGGACAGUGACUUGAUAAUAUAUGAUGAGACUGAUGAUGAACAAAUUGAUGAUAUUAAUGGCGAAGACAGUAUUGACGAAGAAAUGGCAGAAGAGAUAGAUCUAGAAAAUGAAUGCAUCGAAGAAUUUGAUAUUGAAAAUAAUCAGAGAACUUUUUCUGAAAAUAAUGAGCAAGGUUUAGAAGAAGCAAAUGAAAAGACCAUUGAUGAAGAUGACCAAAAUAUGGAUAUGGUAAAUGAAUUAAAUAUAAUUAGUGGACAGAAUGAGGAAGACCCAGUAAUUGGCACUGACACUAAUGAACAGGAUAGAAUUAUGUACGUGCCAGGCAAGUUUUUUGUACUUGGAAGACUUACUACAGAAAAAGACCAAUGAUUUAUCCAUGUCUUAAUUUGAUUUACUAUAUUUUUUAUUUUUUCAUAUUGGAAAACAAAAUAUGUUUAUUAUUAGUUUUAUUUAUUUCCAUACUUUCUGUUAAGUGUUGAA